UACAAAUACACGUAAGCCGAUUAAGAAUAAAAUUCGCGUUUAGUUUAAAUAACAUACCAAGUGUCAUAUUUUGAAAGAAAAAAUCCAAAAUAGAGGAAUCACUGCCUAUAAAUAUAGAAAAUGUUUAUUUUGCACGCGGUCGUCUUGAUCUUAUCUAUUAAUUUUGGUUUUUUUGGAAAAGUUCAAGGAAAUUCAACGUACUCCGAAUUCUACUGCGAAAUUUUCGAAAAAAAUACAAAUCUAUCUUUUUCGGCCCCGCACCUAUUGGAGCUCCAUCUGCCAGUUUGUAGUGACCUUGGGCCCUUAAACGCCCCACAUCUUAAAAGCGUGAUUAUAGAACAUUGCUUUAGAAAUACAUUAAAAAUUAAACAUUUUAGUAGCCUCAAAAACAUCAGUAGCUUACAACUUAAAAAUGGAACACUCUGGUACUUGGAGGAUCAUGAAUUUGUCAACCUGAGUAAGCUUAACAUUCUUUACUUGGGAAAAAACGAAAUAGUCAGUUUAUCCAAUGAGACUUUUAAAAAUCUAACACAACUAAGAUUCCUGAGUCUUCAAAACAAUUACAUAACGAGAUUUCCUGAGAAAGUAUUUCAACCACUGGAGAGUCUUCAACAUUUGGAUCUAAGUAUAAAUCAAAUUACCAACCUGACAAAAGAUAUUUUAGCUGGAAAUCGAAAUCUUCGAUCUUUAUUUUUGAACGAUAACCCCUUGAUUCAGGUGGACUUUCCCGAUUUUGAUUUUCAAAUAAUAGAUCUCAGCCGCUGUCUCACAUUGAAAGAAGUAAAGCUCUUCUCUAAAGUUGACACCCUGAUCCUGGAAAAUAGUGGAGUGGAAAGCUUGAUAUCCAGUGAAAGGAUAAACAAAAUAAACGCUGCCUAUGGCAAGCUGAAGGAUUUGCAGCUACAAAGAAAAGAUUACCUCAUAGAAUUGGACCUACGAGGAUCUCGGUUGGGACUUACUGAAAAAAAUCUAAGCGAAUAUUUCUGUAAUAUGUGGAGCCUCGAGCGCUUAGAUCUGUCUAACAACUCCUUAGAAACUUUACCCCAGCAGUUCAAUGCCUUCAACGAAGAAGUCUGCCUAAUGCCAAGCCUGAAAUACUUAAAUCUUUCGGGGAAUCAAUUGGCCAGCUUUUCCGAGGAAACAUAUCUAAUUGGACCACUUCUUAACGUACUGGACCUGUCACACAAUCGACUCAAAACAUUCACUCUGAAUUCCUUAUUAAUGGCAGAAAAAAGUUUACAAUCUUUGAAUUUGGCGGAAAACCAACUCACUAGGAUUGAUUUUAAUGUCCAUUAUAUAAUAGCUUAUAGGAACCUUAAGGAAUUAACUAUUUAUGGUAAUACACUUGAAGAGGCUACUCUUUCGCAAAAAAAGCAGAUCCAUAUUCAGGACAGAGACAGCCCAAUAUCUCCCAAUAAAGACUGUCCCGAGAAGCCCAUGCAUGAAUGGAGUGUAUAUGAUAUACUGAUGGUUGUUUUCCUUGUCGGAGUUAUUUUCUACAUUAGAUCCAAAGUGUAUCGCCGCGAAGAUAAUUGCUGUUUUGGAUUCAAUUGGAAAAGAUCCCGAAAUUCAACAAACGAAUCAGUCAGCUUUGUUAAUCACAUAUCUUGA